AUGAAUAAAAAAAAUAUCAAAAAUAUUCAAAAUUAUUAAAUUUAUCUUGAUAAAAUACUAGGUAAAGGUACUUUUGGAAGUGUAUAUGAAGGUAAAGACACUAAAUUAAAUAGAUAGGUAGCCGUAAAAUAAUUCCAUUAGAAAAUUUAAAACAAACCUGAGAAAAUAAUUCCGGCAUUAAAAAAUGAAAUAAAAAGCAUGCAAAUUUUAAAUCAUAAUAAUAUUGUAUAAUUAUAUUAAGUUACAAAGACUGAAAGAAAUUUAUAUAUUAUAGUAGAGUAUUGUAAUGAAGGAAACCUUGAAAAUUACAUUAAAAAAAUGAAAAAUAUAAAAGAAAUAAAUGCUUUAAAUUUAAUUAAAUAAAUGAUAGAUGGAUAUUAAUGUUUAUAUUAAAAUAAUAUUGUACAUAGAGACAUAAAACCUGAAAAUAUUCUUUUACAUAAUAAUGUUAUAAAAAUAGCAGAUUUUGGUUUUUCUAAAGUUGUAGAAGAAAUGAAUGAUCCUGUUUUAUUAUCUUUUGUUGGGACUCCUUCAUAUAUGUCGCCUUAAAUUUUAUAAAAAUAAAAUUAUUCUUCAAAAACUGAUAUUUGGUCUAUGGGAAUGAUUUUUUAUGAAAUUUUAUAUUAAAAAAAAGCUUGGUAAGGCUCAGGAUAUUUUGAAUUAUUGGAUAAUAUAUUAAAAAAAGAUUUAACAUUUCCUGAAAAUACUAAUGUGAAUAUAAAAUGGUAAAAUUUAAUUUCUAAAAUGUUACAAAUUGAUGAAAAAAAUCGAAUAAAUUUUGAAUAAAUUUUAGAGUUUUUUAAAGAAGGAAAUUUUUAGGAAAAUCAAAUAUAAUAAUAAAAAUAAAUUAAUUUAAAUGAUUUUGAUUGA